GCUCAUGGAUCUGAACCACGGAGUGGCAAACCGAACCCAAGGUGGUGGAAACGAUGACAAGAACAUUUCAACUUUUUGCAGUGCGAGUUUGAGACGUUGGAGCGAGCAACACGAUUUAGCGCUCACCCCACCACCGCUCAACCGAAUGUGAACACAUUUGAAAAGAGUUUGAAAGUGAAAACGUCGAGCGCCUGUUUACUCUGCCGCCCCUGCGGCUGUUUAUGGUUUCUACCUUCCUCCGAGACUCCCCUCAGCCUUGUGGGCCAGCAGCUGCAGAUGGAAGGUCAGCGGGCACUUGGUGUUAUUGUGUUGACAGCGCCGAGAAGGCACCGGGCGUUCCUCCGACUGAUAUGCGUGAUUCCGCUGUGCCGGCCAUGCCUAAAAGUGGAACAUUUCAAUGUCCGCUUCAUCGUUGCCAGAAAGCCACCGCUUGACACGAGUACUAAUUGUUUUUUUUCAUUGCUGUUAAACUGCCCGUUCGAAAGCACCCCUCCUGACAACAAAAGAUAAUUGUAGAGUAAUUGAGCGCCGCUCGAAAGAACAUCCUGUGCCGACGCCUUAUCACACUUGAAGCUUUUGAAUGAACUCGGCUCGCUUGACGUUUGUUUUUGCCGUAAACAUGAAACGAGCUUUUGGAUUGCGAUCAUUUCUCUUUACCCCGGCGUGCGUUUGCUUGGCUCCGGAAGGGGCUUCCUGUUCACAACCUUGUAAAUGCGCAUUGGAAAAAGUGCAACGCAACAAUGAAGAAUAAUUAUUGAUCGCACUCUUGACUUUGAUUGAAGAGAUCCGAAUGUUUAGCCUGAAAACAAGGAAUGAAUAAAAAGAUUUGUCACUUUGUUGAGUUCUUCACUCCUAUUUUUAUAUACUUCACGCCCCCCCCCCCCCGGCACACCUGCUAACCUCAUGAGUGCUCGGAGUCCAGACGCCGAGUCUCUGCAUCGAGAGGAGCCAAACGAGGUGGCUCGGGCAUCGUGUCACGAUGCCUGCCGGAGGCGUUCCGGGCACGUCCCACUGAGAGGAGGAAAAACCAGGACGUGCUGCAGAGACGCUCUCCCGGUUGGCCUGGGAAGGCCUCGGGACCCCACCGGGAUGAGUCGGAUGAAGCGGCUGGGGGAAAAGAGGCAAGUCUGGGCAUUCAGGUCUCAUACAUUUGAGAAUUUUUACGAUUAGAACACAGAUUCAUGUAUCGCUCGUAUUUGUUAUCUAUGUGUCGUAUGCGUGUGUGUGUCAUUUAUUUGUUCAUUUUUGUUUAUUUCGAGGUCAGGCUGAUACCAGAAGCAUUGAACGUCUCGGUCAUCACAGUGAAUGUCGCGCUGCCCCUGACCUUCCCCCGUCCCACCCGAGUCCAGCUGUUCCCACAAUUGAGAGUUUCCCAAGCCCCCCCCAGAGCACCCUGGCUCCGGACCCCCUUCUUGUCCCGCACUCCCCGUGGCCUUACUGCCCGCCCGCGUGCUCCUCUUGGCAGCCAAACAAGCAGGGAGGAUCAGUCCGACCGGGCGGCCGAGAUAAGGCCCGCACGAAGUUCCCCACAUUACCUCACUCGAUAAGGGAACGAGCGAGACGGCGCAAAAGGGGGGGCGGAUGGGGUCCCGCUUUUUUUUUUUUUUUUUUUUUUUUUGGAAUACUCUGGACGGAUGCUGACGCACUCGGAUAUCUGCUUGCAGACCGCAAGACGGAGCUGCAGAGAGACGGCGGGACCCGCUUGGGGAAACGCUCUGGACGGAUGCUGAUGCACUUCCCCGCUUUUCUUCGUGGACUUCUUCAUCGUUGAGGUCCUGGACGCAGGUGCCACCGCCAUUCCUGAAAAUUCUUGACCUCAGAUGAAUACAUGGCAAAACUCGUCUAAGUCCAUCAAUGUCAAACCCCGGGAAUCAACCGGUGUCCAGCCGCUGGGCGUAGACGCCAACUCUUGGCUUUUGGUGAAAGCUCAGGGCCAUCUGCGCCCAUCCGCUUCUUCCCCACAGCGCUCAUGGCGGCAAAUCCUUUGGAGAGUCUCAUAUCGGUCGCCGUGAGCCACCAACCGGCAGAACCUGAGACCCAGCGGGCCUCCGCCCGCAGAAGCCUGCCAUGCCUGCCAAAACGCAGGCAUGGCAGCAUCGGCAGCGACCAGGAGCUGCGUUGUCUGGUGCCAUCUGCUUGCCGGCCCAGAUCAAAAGCGAGGGCUCAAAAGCUCACCAUCGGCGCGCCACGCAGUCAUCACUCGCCAGAAAAUGCGGCACGGGAGAGGAGCCGUGUGCGCAGCUUGCGUCAGGCCUUCCACAGCCUGCAGGAUGCCCUGCCCUCGGUCCCUCGCGACACCAAGUUGUCCAAGCUGGAUGUUCUGGUUCUGGCGACCAACUACAUAGCCUACCUGACACAGAUCCUGGACCAGGGAAGAACUCUGAGCGAGUACACCUUGCCACCAAGACCGGGUGGUUACCUGCACCCAGUUAAGAAAUGGCCAAUGCGUUCCCUGCUCUACUGCGGCAGCGUAGGGGAGGUGCUCUCCGGAGUCCAAGCCAAUCAGACGCCUCCGUCUGGACCGGACGCAUACCGACUUGAGCGUCCCGCGGAAGGAGGCGAGGAGCGUUCGGAACAUACGGGACGGCCACUCAAAUGACCUCCGCCCCCUUUCAAGCGACUUUCCCGAACCUUGGCGGAAACCAUCAUCAGGUGCUCUCUUUCCAACAUAGGAAAAUGAAUUGUUGAGCUAUUGCAGACAUACGGUAAGUCUCGACCUUGAACGUGCUACUUUCCGACGACGGACUGUGAAAAUGGAUCCAAGCAUGCUUGGAUUGAUUUCAGUCAGGGUGUCGCCAUUGGUGACAAUCACUUCAGGAUCCAACGAGGCUCGUGUAUAGUUGCAACCCUCUCUUGAUCAACCCUCUUGGAGCUCUAUUUUC